CACCGGACCGUCCAGACUGAGAGGCACAAGCAGCUGAAACCUCAACAAGUUCUCAGCUUAAAAGCAUGGCGCUGCGUCUUCUUCCCCUCUUCGUCCUCCUCCUUGUUGCCGCGGCCGCCCUGGUGUGCGUCUCCAUGACAACGCCGCUCCAGAGCUUCCGGGGCUGCGCAGUGCGCGAGUUUUCCUUUGUGGCCCAGAAGCCAGGAUGUAAAGGGCUGCACAUCACCACGGAGGCCUGCUGGGGGCGCUGUCAUACCUGGGAGAGGCCGAUAAUCGAGCCCCCGUACAUCCACCGCCACCAUCGCGUCUGCACCUACAGCCGCAUCCGACACAUGACGGCCCGGCUGCCGGGCUGCCUGCCCAACGUCUCCCCUCUCUACCACUACCCCAUGGCUCUGCAAUGCCAAUGCACCUUCUGCUCCAUGGAGGACACAGAGUGUCAGACCUUCUGAUAGUUACCUGUUUUUAAGCAACGA